AUGCAUUCGUUGACCAAACAGGUACGUUGAUAUAGAUUGGGGUAACGGUUAGGUAUGUUAAUAUCAGUUGGCUUAACUGUUAGGUAUGUUAAUAUAGAUUGGCGUUACAGUUAGAUAUGUUCGGCUUGCUGUAAGUUUUUAUAAAAGUUAGCUAUGUUAAGGGAAAGGCUUCCUGAUCCUUUAUAUUAAGUUUUUUAACUAAUUAUGUGCCCCCGCUCAAAAGAAAUUUUUUGAGGUUAAGGGGCGCAGAAUUAUUUGAACAACCUAAUACGAAGAGUCUUUAUCAUGGUACUAUGUAUGCCAACCUCUGACUAUUAGGUAAUUCAAAUAAUUCUGUGCUCCUUUCAAAGCAAAAUUUUGGGGUUAGGGGGUACAUAAUUACUUGAACGGUCUAAUAUUAUACUUUUAUCACCUCCACGCCAUUUCAAUGUUAUUGCAUCUCAUUUCCGCCUCUGGUCAUCAUAUUUUUCUCACAAACUGAUAAGAAGUAACCCUAUUAUCAGAUGAAGUUUUUAUGAAUUCCACACUGAUUAGCUUUCUGUACAUUCACCCCCCCCUCCCCCCCCUUCCUACCAUGAAACAUGAGUUUUUGUUAUUUCAAAUUGGUUAAAGAAAUGCUCAUCCUGUUGCUCUUUUAACACUCCUCCCCCCUCCUCACAAUCAAAUGUUUGUUUUGACGCUUAAUUCUCGAAAGUAAAAGGUCGAGAAACAGGGCUGAGGAUCGGGUUUGGGGGCUACAAAAGCAGUACAGAGCUUGUUUUAAAUAUUUUGGGUGCAUUUAGGUAAGCUCCAAGUAAAUUUUUAUUUAAAUUAAGGUUUUAUAAAUCUAAAAUUUGCUUUCGGACCUUAUAGUAGUCAAAAAAGGGAGGUAUUGACUUUAUUAGGGCUUUAAGAAAGUUUUGUCGUCAAUUAUCCUUGUAUCACGUAUUAAAAACCGACAAAACUUUUGUAACUUAUUAAUGAUAAUCAAAAAGUUAUUGUCAUUUUACUUUACGGUAUUUAGAAAACUUAUUUAUCCAAAAAACUUUAAUUUAAGCCCAAAAAUUAUUUAUUUAGGCCUAACACCACAAUUUUCCAAAAUUUUUUAUUUUCCAUGGUGCCCUUCCAGAAAUUUAUUUACAAAAAUACAAUUGGAACGCUCUCUCACUUAUCGUUCCGGUUAUGUGAUGGGAGUUAUAAAUAUUAUUGUCUGUUCAGGUAUAACAGUCAAGGGCCCGGAGGGGAUUGUUUGUUUUCCAGUGUUUACUCCCAUGUUCAUAACCUACAUUAUGUUUUUGCAGAUGAUUUAUUUCUCUGAUCGAGUUGAUUGUUUUUUGUUCGAAUUCCACACGGGCUGAUCAUUUUUGAAUUUUUGCUGGAUUUUUAGGGGAUUUUUUUGUUUUGGGGUAUAUUACUUUAGGGUUUUGGGGUUUCUUUUGAUUUUUAGACGAUUUUAAAGAGUUUAGGCAAUGCGGGGUUCAGAUUUUAAAGUUAGAAGCUUCUACCUCUUCUAUCUGAUCUACUUUUUAAUCUUUUACACGUUAAACCAGCAUUUUAAUACCUAAACUUAUCCAGACACCUUCAGGUACGGGUGAACGACGCCGGCCAAACUUCCGAAGCUCGGUUGCGCGACUACCUGACAUCCAGAGAGAACAGCGGCCCACAACGAGGUCGCGACCUUCUCGGACUAGCCAACCUUUUCGAUUCAGCCCGCCCGCAACGCAAAAGCUCCGCACCCGCCACAUUCAACACCAAGAUGGACGAGGCACGGAACAUGGCGUUGCUCUUCUUCAUGGACCAUCUGAUGCAGAAGAAUGGUCGUCGCACCAUCCACGACCUCAGCUGUCAGUUCGGAGCUCGUGGCUUCACACAGGAGAUGCGAGAUGCCGUGGGUACCACUCAGGAAGGACUGACCGACUUUUUGUCCUCAUUCUCGUCCUUGUUUGAAGUGGAUGGAGAUCAGGUGAUUCUGAAGGGUUUUGGAGAGAUGGAUGGGAAGAACCAUCUGAUGCAGAUGCCAGCGGCCGGAAGGCAGAGGGACUAUGAGAAGGAAGCUGUCGAGUUUUUCGAACAAAAACUACAGAAAUUUGGUCCAGAGCUUCAGGUAUUUAAUGUUUUAGCCUUAUUAUUUCAUUUUUUAAGACGUUUUUGUUAGUUUGUCAACUUUAAACGAUUUUUAUUACCUAAUUUUAUGAAUUCACAGCAUUUUUAUGCCUAAAAUUAUAACUUUAGAGCUCUUUUAUACCUAAUUUUUACGACUUUGACAAAAAAUAGUAAAGAUAAGAGCACAGAAAAUUGUUUUAGUGUCAGUUUAUUCUGAAUUGGCGGACAAUUUCAGUUUUGCACAAUAUUUAAAUAUGCAAAACCUAUUUCGAAAAAGGAAUCAAAGUAGAUUCCUACGUAACGAGAUCAUUUUGAGUCGUAUAGGAGGACAAGGAAGGUAUAAUACAAGUUUUGCAUAGUAAUAACGAUCAUAAGUUGAUCUUAACUUCACUUACUGUCAAAAAAAGAAAGAUACCAUAAGAAAAGCACUUUAUCUAUAUAAAAAUAAUCCAACAUCUGUUACAAAUUACAUUACUUUAGAUCAAAAGCUUGCUAGGCCAUCGAUCUCAAGCUGCUCCAGAAGUCCGCUUGGUUUCUGGUCGCCACUUAAAAGAUUUCUGUGAAUUUCUUAGCACCAGAACUGAGCACUUCAUCGUGGAGGGAGACCGUGUUCGUCUACGCAACAUGCCAGAGCCAUCAGAUGAAGCUGUAGAACUUGACGAUGAAGGCAAACCCUUGGUCGGAGUGAAAGCCAAACAAGCAGCGGUCGAUUUCUUGAAGGACGUGCUGGAACAGAACGAGGACCAGCCCAUUCCCUUGGACAACUUCUACAAACGCUUCUGUGAACGAUUCCCUCAUUCCGUGCGACAAGAGGUAGCCACCAACCCAAAGGAGUUGCUACAGUUCCUGAAGCUGAACCGUAACAUCUUCUUCAUCCGGUCGAAUAAAGUCAGUUUGGUGAAGGCUCGGCCAGAAGACGGGGAAUCUGAAUCUGGACGAUCGACAGCUUCUGGAGACAGUGGAGAGAAUAAUAACGUGCUGUUCCCACUGUGCAAAGACAAUCUACACAGAAUCCACAUGGUGAAGGCGCUGAAGCCGGCUACAGACACCGUGCACAACCUCAGGAACGAUCUGGAAUCUCAAGGAGAGAAGUUCCUCGGAGUCGACUUCAAGUUGGUAUACCUCGGUGGAGCUCAAAGCGAAGAGUUCCUGAGCUUGAUCGUGGUCGCUUCGACCAGUCGAAUCGCUGUCUUUGAUCUGGCCCAUUCCGACUCAAUUCUAUUAGAGAGUGGACUGAAGGAGCUACUAGAAGAUAACAAGGUCCUCAAGGUGGUUCAUGACAUUCGUCGUGUCUCCACCUUGAUGGCACAACGCUACGCGGUCAACAUGCGUAACGUUUUCGACACACAGAUUGCUCAUACUAUAAUUCAGCACGAGAAACUGAAUAAGCCGGUCAGCGAGCUACGAGCCAUUACCUUCAUCAACCUUCAACGAGUAUAUUACCCACAAUCUCUCAUGCAAAGUGAUAUCACGCCAAGAAAACUUUCACAGACUCCAUCAUGGGGUACUCGGCCAGUAUCGGAUGACAUGUUACUGCAGGCUUCUGAAGAAUGUCAUUGCAUCGUUUCAGCGUUGUAUCGUCUUCUGAAUGGGCAGAUGCCGGAUAAGUGCAAGAAGUUGUUCGAACAGAAGUGUUUGGAAGCCCUGACGCCUAGUGCUGCUAAACCACCACCAAGUAUGGGUAACGGUACUCCUAAUGGAAGUGUCAGUAGCUUCGAGUAUCCAGCCAAUCUCUACAGGUAGGUUUUACAAUGUUACACUUGAACAUUUGGUUGUUAAAAGAAAAGAUUUAGCAUAUAAUGUUUUAGUACUUUUUACAAUACUGUGCUAUAAAUUUAAGUACCUCUUUGAUAUCUAAAUAUUGUAAUAAUACCCAAAAAUCUAUUUUCAUCAUUACCUUAUUGUAGACCCCCUCAACGUCGUCAAUCCUCGACCAACUCAGCCCCAGCCAUUCCAUCUCAAAACGGCCGUCUGGUAAAACAAUAUUCGACACCUGGCAUCACAGAGAAAGCCUCGAAUGGUAACAACACAUUGUCGCCGACUACACCUAUGGCCUUCCAUUGUACUGCUCCAUGUUGUAUUGGUCGCCCCAAGAUGGUCGACAGUACCACACAGACGUUUUCGACCGGAGAAAUCACCGUUCUUCAGGUUUACUAUGAAAACUGA